CGGCGGGAGGAGGGCCGCGGGGAAGAUGGCGGCGCUGUGACUGACAUUCUGGGCCAGGCCCGGCUAGAGAGGGCGGGGACACCGGGCAGUGAGCGGAGAGCGGCGGCCGGGAUUCUCAGGCAAGGCCGGGGCUGCUCCUCUGGUUGCCGCCAGCGCCGUCCAGGCCCGCGGUAGCGUCGGGCGAGGCCGGGGGGUUUCGGGGCCUGAGCGGCCUGCUGUGCAGACUUCCCCCCCCCCCCCGGAGUGCGGAGACUGCGGCCGGCCCGCGGCCUUCAGGAGAGCCCGGGGAUCGGGCCUGUACGGGGCGCCCAGGAUGACGGACACCCGGCGGCGGGUGAAGGUCUACACCCUGAACGAGGACCGGCAGUGGGAUGACCGGGGCACCGGACACGUCUCCUCCGGAUAUGUGGACCGCCUGAAGGGCAUGUCUCUGUUGGUGAGGGCCGAGAGUGACGGUUCACUUCUUCUGGAAUCAAAAAUCAAUGCCAACACGGCUUACCAGAAACAGCAGGACACAUUAAUCGUGUGGUCGGAGGCUGAAAACUAUGACCUGGCUCUGAGUUUUCAGGAAAAAGCUGGAUGUGACGAGAUCUGGGAGAAAAUAUGUCAGGUUCAAGGGAAAGACCCCUCGGUGGACAUCACUCAGGACCUUGUGGACGAAUCGGAAGAGGAGCGCUUCGAGGACAUGUCCUCCCCAGGCCUGGAGCUACCAGGCUGUGAACUUAGCCGGCUAGAGGAGAUCGCCGAAGUCGUGGCAUCGUCGUUACCGUCUCCGCUACGUCGCGAGAAACUUGCCCUGGCCCUGGAGAAUGAGGGAUAUAUCAAAAAACUCCUGGAACUUUUCCACGUGUGUGAAGACCUGGAGAACGUUGAAGGAUUGCACCAAUUGUAUGAAAUAAUCAAGGGGAUCUUCCUUUUAAACCGAACUGCACUCUUUGAGGUCAUGUUUUCAGAAGACUGCAUUAUGGACAUCAUUGGCUGCUUAGAGUACGACCCGUCUUUGUCCGUGCAGCGCAAACACCGCGAGUUUCUAACAAAAACUGCUAAGUUUAAAGAGGUGAUUCCCAUAUCAGACCUUGAACUGAAACAGAAAAUUCACCAGACCUACAGAGUGCAGUAUAUACAAGACGUGGUAUUGCCCACCCCUUCUGUCUUUGAAGAAAACAUGCUGUCCACGCUUCACUCUUUCAUAUUUUUUAACAAGGUGGAGAUAGUUGGGAUGUUACAGAGAUGAAAAGUUUUUCUUACAGAAUUAUUUGCGCAACUCACAGAUGAAGCAACAGAUGAGAGAAGAGGCAAGAGCUAUAAGUCUAGUCAUCGAAUGGUAAAUUUCCUGAAAGAGUUUUGUGCUUUCUCUCAAACAUUACAACCUCAGAAUAGAGACUCUUUCUUCAAGACCCUGUCCAACAUGGGCAUACUGCCCGCCCUGGAAGUGAUUCUGGGUAUGGACGACGCACAGGUUCGAAGUGCAGCCACCGAUAUAUUCUCAUAUCUGGUGGAAUAUAACCCAUCUAUGGUCCGCGAGUUUGUAAUGCAGGAAGCUCAGCAAAAUGAUGAUGACAUCCUUCUGAUCAACCUCAUUAUUGAGCAUAUGAUAUGUGACACAGAUCCUGAGCUAGGGGGCGCUGUACAACUUACGGGACUGCUACGGACCUUGGUAGAUCCGGAUAACAUGCUUGCAACUACCAGUAAAACAGAGAAGACAGAAUUUUUGGGAUUCUUCUACAAGCACUGCAUGCAUGUCCUCACUGCCCCCUUACUGGCCAACACUACAGAGGAAAAGCCCAGCAAAGAUGACUUCCAGACGGCACAGCUGCUGGCGCUGAUCUUGGAGCUGUUGACUUUCUGUGUUGAACAUCACACGUAUCACAUAAAGAAUUACAUCAUCAACAAGGACAUCCUGCGCAGAGUGUUGGUCCUCAUGUCUUCUGCACAUUCUUUUCUGUCCUUGUGUUCGCUGCGGUUUAUGCGGAAGAUUGUUGGUCUAAAGGAUGAAUUCUACAACCGAUACAUAGUGAAAAGUUUCCUGUUUGAACCUGUAGUGAAAACCUUUCUCAAUAACGGAGCACGGUAUAAUCUCCUGAACUCCGCCAUUAUUGAGAUCUUUGAAUAUGUUCGCGUGGAGGAUAUUAAGUCGUUAACGGCGCAUGUCAUUGAAAAUUACUGGAAAGCUUUGGAAGAUGUUGAUUAUGUACAGACGUUUAAAGGACUCAAACUGAGAUAUGACCAGCAGCGAGAGAGACAGGACAACCCCAAGCUUGACAGCAUGCGCUCUAUCCUCAGGAAUCAUCGGUACCGGCGCGAUGCACGCUCCAUAGAAGAUGAGGAAGAAAUGUGGUUCAACACGGAUGACGAAGACCUGGAGGAUGGAGAUCCGAUCGUGCUUCCUUCUGACAAAAUAAAGAACAGCGAAGAUCUAAUGGAUCCUAUCAGCAAGUUCAUGGAAAGAAAGAAGUUGAAGGAGAGUGAAGAGAAGGAGGUUCUUCUGAAGACCAGCCUCACUGGCCGACAGAGUCCAAGUUUUAAACUUUCCUUUUCUGGAGGGACAAAGACAACCCUCACCAGCCAAUCAACAGCAAGCAGUUUACCGGGAUCCCCCACCUCGCCUGGAUCUCCCGGCUCACCCGAUUCUCCAGGGUCCGUUUCCAAAAGCACACCUCAGACGGCAGCUAUUACUACAAAGGGAGGCCUAGUAGGACUGGUAGAUUAUCCAGACGACGAUGAGGAGGAGGAUGAUGACGAAGAGGAAAAGGAAGAGACUCUACCGAUCUCUAAAAAAGCAAGGCUUGGCUCUUAAUACCAGCGUUUCUUUGGACAACUCCCCUUGAAAUAACUGAUCUCCCGCAAAGAACCGAGAAUCCACCACAGCCAGAAGCAGCACUGUGGGAUGGGUCCGACACAAACAACACGUAGACUUCUGCUCAUCAAGUGCCAAUUCCCCCGGAGCGCCAGGAGAGGGAAGACGACCGUUGGAAAGAGACGACUUAGCCUUGUACUCUCCCGUGUAGACCACACAUUGCCCUUUUCUCAGGGAAGGAAAAACAAACAAAAAAACGUAAAAUAAAAAAAAGCCAACAGGGCAGGGGUUUAUUGUUAAACUCUUGAUUGGCUGGUCAGUUGCUCCAAAGUUGAUGGAGAGAGGUUCCGAAAAACACGCCGUUCCGUAAAGUCUGCAGCUAUACAACGGAUGCCAGCACUUCAGAUUGGGUGGAAUGUUUCUGCCUGUAUAGGAUUCCCACAUCCUGAACAUUUCUCAUUGCCACAACAGGUUUUUAAACCCUCAGUGGGGUGAGCCGAUUACAAAAUUUUUGUUUUUUCCUUUUUUUUUUUUUUUUCUAAUUUUAUUUUUCUUUUACAUCUGAGUCCCCCCCCCCCCUCCCCUCUCCCUCCCCCAUUGCCCUGGAAACUGCAGCUUUCAUUUGGAGGUGUAGGGGAAACAUCUCCAACCUUCUUGAUUAAAAAUUUGAGUGGAAUUCUAGAUGUGUUCACUUUGUGUCCUGUUUUUGAAUCAUUUUUAUAUUCUUAUUUCUCCACCCUGGGCUUCUGCCGACUUGUUCAAUCUCUAUUUGGGACCAUUAAAUUUUUUUCAUUGUA